AUGACCAAAAACAUUGAAGAACAGUGUUACUUGGACCUCGUAAACAAAUGUAUUAACCAUGGCGAUUAUAGACUCGACCGCACCAAAAUAGGUACGUUUGCAUUGUUUGGCGAACGGUUGGUAUUUGACUUGUCGGAUAACACACUGCCCUUGUUGACGACAAAGUUUGUACCAAGCAAUGUGGUGCUCAAAGAAUUGCUUUGGAUUUUAAAAGGGCAGACGGAUUCUAAAAUUUUACACGACAAUGGAGUUAAAAUUUGGGAUCUAAAUGGAUCCAAAGACUUUUUAAACAGUAGAGGAUUUUUAGACCGCGAUGAGGGAGAUCUGGGACCCAUCUAUGGGUUUCAAUUGCGUCACGCGGGCGCCCAGUAUGUCGACUCCAAGACAAACUUAAAUGAAAUGGUAUUACCACCGUGCCACUGUUUUGUUCAGUUCUUUGUUAGACAAAAACUUUUAGAUUGUCAGCUUUACCAAAGAUCCGCGGAUUUGGGGCUCGGCGUGCCUUUUAACAUAGCAAGCUACGCCUUUCUUGUUCAUCUGAUUGCAUCGUGGUGCGACCUAAAGCCAGGGCGGUUUGUGCACACGUUUGGUGAUGUCCAUGUAUACGCAAACCACGUCGAUGCCUUACAGACACAAUUGGCUAGACAACCCUAUAAAUUCCCGACUGUCGAAUUCGUCGGGACAUUUGGAGAGGCAGAGACGGACUGCGCAUCGCUGUUUUACGUGGGGGCCGUCGAUUACGUGGUCAGCGAGGACACCGACGUGCUCGCGUAUCUUCCCGACCGCGACAACGAGAGGGCUCUGAAGGGCUCUGAAGAUCUGAAGGGUUCUGAAGAUCUGAAGGGUUCUGAAGAUCUGAAGGGCUCUGAAGAUCUGAAGGCUAUCACCUCUUUCGACACAUGA